AUGGCCAGCGAUUGGCUGAAAGUGUGCAGAGAAAAAAGAUUCAAUUGGACAUGAGUGAAAUUGAUUGUGCUUGAAUUUAUAUAGACUGAUUCAAAAAUGGCAGGUUCCGCAUUGCUUGCGGUUGCGUUUGACUUUGGUACAACAUACAGUGGCUACGCUUUCUCGUUCAGGAGCGACCCGUUGAAAGUCCAGACUAACCAAGGAUGGAUUGCUGGAAGCGAUCAGCUUAUCUCACUAAAAACACCAACGUGUGUUUUACUCAGUCCAAAUGGGCAGUUUGACUCGUUUGGUUUUGAAGCAGAAAAUAAGUUUGCUACACUUGCGGAAGACAAUAAACACCAUGGCUGGUUUUUGUUUCGUAGAUUUAAAAUGAUUCUCCAUAGCAAUGAGGAACUGUCAAGAUCGACGACCGUUGAAGAUAUAAACGGAAAAUCAAUGCCAGCAUUGAGUAUCUUUACAAUGUCAAUAAAGUAUCUAAAAAAACAUUUCACCGAGGCGCUUAACAAACAAAAGACCGGGAUAGUGGACAAAGACAUACAAUAUGUUAUUACAGUACCUGCCAUAUGGAAUGAUAGUGCUAAGCAGUUUAUGCGUGAAGCAGCCGAAAAGGCUGGCAUAGAAAAAGCACGUCUAAAACUGUCUUAUGAACCAGAAGCAGCGUCUAUUUGGUGUCAAACAAUUUCUACAGAUGUACAGGAGACAUGGUCUAAAGCAGGUAGACAAUACAUGGUGAUCGAUCUCGGAGGUGGUACUGCAGAUAUAUCUGUGCAUGAGAAACAAAUCGAUAACACAUUAAAGGAACUUUAUAAAGCAAGCGGUGGUCCAUGGGGAGGAACAGUUAUUGACGACAACUAUCUGGAAUUUCUGACUAAUAUAUUUGGGAAAAAAACUGUCCUGAGAUUUAAAGAAGAGCAAAUGGAAGACUACUUUCAAUUGCUUAGAGAAUUCGAAAUAAAAAAGAGAAGCAUCAAACCCGAAUCAAAUGAGAAAAUAACAUUCAGACUGUCUGCAUCAAUAAAAGAGCUCUAUCAGAAGGAAAAUAUACUAUCAUUAGAGGACAAAAUUGCCCGGCUUGGAUUGUCAGAUAAUGUAACAUUUACCGGCGACAAAUUGAGAGUUGAAGCUUCCGUCAUUAAAAAGUUGUUUGAGUCCCCGAUCCGAAGUAUAAUUGAACAUGUGCAACAGAUUCUUGCAAAACCAAAUAUGCAAAAAGUCAAAAUGAUCCUUUUAGUUGGUGGAUUUGGCGAGUGCAAACUAGCCCAAGACUUAAUACAGAAAGAAAUACAGUACCAGAAAAUCAUUAUCCCAGAAGAAGCAGGUCUUGUUGUUCUCAAAGGUGCAGUACGUUUUGGACAUUUUCAGGACAUUGUACGUUCGCGAAUAAUGGCCCACACGUACGGACUGGCCGUCUGUAAAGUGUUCGUUGAGCAGAAACAUAUAAAUGCAAAAGUAAGAAUUGUAGAUGGUAAAAAAAAUGCUGAUAAUAUUUUUGAUAUGAUUAUCAGAGCUGGAGAAGAAGUAAAUAUUAGGAAAGAAAUUUCUAAAAGUUAUGUUCCCACUCACCCUGACAAAACGUCACUCAAUGUUUAUUGUGCAGAAACAAUGGAUCCUAUAUAUACAACAGACAUUGGCUGCAAGCUCUUGGGUACGGUAAGAGUAGCACAUGCAAAUGGCAGAUCGAAAGAGGAUAAUAGACUAAAGGUCUCGUUUAUAUUUGGUGAUACUGAACUUUUCGUUAAAGCUGUUAACAUGAGAACGAAGGAAGAGUUUUCUUCGUAUAUGGACUGUCUUUAAAGAGUGUUUACGUAAAACACAGUCUUCGUUUCUACAGAUGUAUAAUACCUUUGCAUGCAUAUAAUUGCAAACGUUGUUUAGACUGCAAUUUUUGUCUUAAUUUGAAAUAGAUUUGGACAAUUUGUCCAUAGAAACAAAAAUUAUGAUGAUACAUUCUCUUGGACAUUAGUUACGUACAUAUCUCUAUGAAAUUUUCAUUUUUCCUGUAUCAAGACGUAUUUAAUAAACGGUGACGAGGUUGCA